UGCGAGUAGCAUAGGAUAGUGCAAGCAUAGCAUAUGUCCAGAGGCUAGGUUGUUGAGGUAUAAUCGGCCAGUUGCCAGGACAGCCUCGCUAGAAAUAGUUUCCUAUGCGACUUACCCAUAGCCACGGUGACAGCCAUAGCACGCGGACCCGACCUGUCCACGCUCAAUCUUUGAGCCUACCUGAAGACAAAGAACCUUGCCCUGUCUACCCAGCACAUCCGCACCACCACCACCACCACCACGACGCAAAGAGUAUGAAAAAAAAAAUGAGUGGUAUGAACUCCCAAACACCACAAAUGAAAAUGCACAUCAAUCGUAAUCCAAGCAGCAACCCCAUCGUCCCCUCCACCUUCCUCUUCCACCUUUCAUCUCCCUUUUCAGUUUCCCAUGAAUCUGCUUCCCUUCCUCAUCUCACCCAGCCCCCAGAGUAACAUAACUGUAACGCAAUAUCUCGAAAUCACCGCGCCUCAAACUGCACCAUUCUAGAUUUCCGCAAAGAAGAAACUCGUCAGCAAACCCAUCCUUCAACCUAAGACCCAAACCUGAAACCCAAAA